AUGAACUCUGUUAAUAAGAUUUUACCUGAUUAUGCCGACGAUAAGUUAAAUGACGAUGAUUCUCAAUGUGAUUCAGCUAUCGGUCUUGUUGGUCUGCGAAACAUUGGAAACACGUGUUUUAUGAAUUCAGCUCUACAGAUUGUUUUGAAUGUAUCUCCUUUCACUCGUCUAUUUAAUGCCCGAGCACAAACGUGGUCUCAACAGUCCCAGAUGCCGUUGUCAAAAGCAUAUUUGCAGCUUCUUAACGAUAUGGGUCAUCUAGAUGUCCAAGUUGGCGCCCCCAUACGACGCAAUGCUGCUACACCAGGGCGUAUUUUGGAUGUAAUGCGUAUCGCUCAUCCCAUAUAUCGCGGUUUUUAUCAACAUGAUUCACAGGAAUUUUUGCGCACUUUUUUGGGUGAUCUCCAUGAGGAGCUAAAGUUAACCCCCUUCAAUGAAUCUAAAUAUCCAUCUUCAGCUCCAGCCGUGAAUGGAGUUAAGUCUGAGAAUGGUAGUGGGGAUGUAAACUAUAAUGACAAAAUGCUUUGGAAGAAUAAGCGUGGAAGAAAUCGGAAGUCAAAAGAGCUGAAUCCGCAAAGCCCAAAGACGGAACCCGCUAAACCACUUCCACUAUCAUCUAGUGCUGUGAAAGAUGUCUUUCAGGGUUGUACUGUCACUUGCGUUAAAUGUCUUUCUUGUGAAAAGGUUUUUCACCGAAAUGAAGUGUUUCUCGACCUUUCUCUUCCCAUAUCCCUUCCUCAUUCAAAGCCGAAGAUUACAGAACUUACUGGAACUCCUCAUGCUCAGUUUCCUUCUACUUCGACUUCUCCUCGGUUGUCGUCUGCAAUCAUAAACACUAAUUCUACCUCCUCAAACUCCCUUUCAAACAACAGCAAGAGUCUUUUUAGGCAAUCGGUGGACACCUCAAUGGGACUUUUUUACUGGGCAUCUCUUUAUCUCGUUUGGAUGCUAACUUGGAUUAAGAGUGUGCCUCCGAUCUCCUAUCUCACCUAUUAUCUGGUCUCCGCUCUCAUGUGGCUCAAAAGGUCCGCCAUUACUUGGGAUUAUUCCUUAUCUGGAGUUGACAAAAAUAUGGCUUGGGAAAAGAAUAUUGAACUAGAAGACUGUUUGGACACAUUUUUUGAUGUCAGUGAACUCUCUGGUGAAAAUAUGUACUACUGUGGGAACUGCUCGAAGUAUACGAAUGGAAGGAUGCAUCUGGAGAUAACUAAACUACCUGAGAUUCUAUGUCUACAUCUGAAACGCUUCCGACUUGACUUCAAUACGUCAAAAAUUUACUCCCGAGUUAAUUUCCCUCUUCAUGGAUUGAGUUUGAAAAAAUAUCUACAUACAUCGUGCAAAGAUAAAGUUUGGGAGUACGACUUGUCUGGAGUUGUAUGCCAUACUGGUAACAUGAGAUUUGGCCACUACUUCACUUAUGCUCUCAACAAUGGUGAUGGUGAGUGGUAUGAAUUCAAUGACUCGGUAGUCAGUCAUGUUGAUGCUGACACCAUCUCUUCGCUCACUUCAGAGGCCUAUCUCCUUGUCUAUCGAAAACGUCAGGACUAUAUCCGACCCAUUCGCGAUCAGUUUUCAAUAAAAGAAUCCCAGCAGGUUGCCUAUAUCAGCAUUCACUGGCUCCUUCGGUUCUCGGAAUUCGCCGAUCCCGGUCCAAUCACUAAUUCAGAUUUCCUUUGUAAUCAUGGAGCUUUACAGCCUCUUCUUGCAGCAGAUCGGGAUAAGUAUUAUACAGUAGUACCUUAUGAAAUGUGGAACUACCUCUACUCCCACUUUGGUGGUGGACCAUACGUUGACGAUUUGCGCCCUUGUGAUGUUUGUCAAGAGAAGUUGAAUCUUCUAGAAGCUCGCCGUAAGCAAGAGUUUGAUGCUUUCAAUGAAAGUCCAGCUAACUCAGAGUACAUGUAUGUCAUUAGUCGAGAAUGGUUUAAAUCCUGGGCCAACUUUGUUUGUGGCCACGAAGUUGAACCUCCAGGCCCCAUUAACAAUUCCAGAAUUCUCGAGUCAUUUGGAUCCCUUCCCGGCAAUUAUAAAAUUCGAAUGCCCCAGGCUUCUGAUCAAAUUGAUUGGGUUUCUCAAAGUCAAUGGAAUUUCCUCUUUUCUACAUACGGAGGUGGUCCAGAACAUGCAGUCAGAAACUGUGACUUCGUGGAAAAGAACGUGACUGAUGAAGCGGAGGCGAUUGAAAAGAAUGAUAAACCAGAGUUUAUGGAUGUAGAGAAUGGAGGUAAUUUUGGGUCAGGCUGUGCAGAGGAAAUUGACAAGGGAGAGAUGGAGCUUUUCGAAAAUGGAAUUGGAAAGGUGGCACCAAAUUCUUUGGAGCUAGCCAUUGACGAAGAGGAGUCCAAUAAAUCCCCUAACGAAGAUGUUAUUACCUUAUCAUCUCACUUAGAGACACAUGCAUUGAAUGAGAAUGGAAAUUCAUCGGCGGAUGCAAACUGUCCAAUUCUCUCCCCUCUUACUAUCAAUUGCAGCAGCUCAAAUAGUACUAGCGGUGUUGGCACUAUGAGUUUCCAAACAGAGGGGUCGCACAAAAUAGAGUCUUAUAGUGUACCGUCUCCAAAUAGUUAUCCAACCAACUCAACAACCUCUUCGUCGUCUGCUUUUGGUGACGUGAAAAAUGGAUUCAAUGAGACGUUAGGGAAGGGCUGUGCUGCUUUAGAGCAAGUCCAGAAAGAUACACAUGGACCGUCUUUAAAUGGGAAAAUGAAUGGAGGAGAAAGAGAAUUGGAACCGAUGGAUGCGGAGGUUACCCCGCAACAUCAUCUCCUAUCGAUUAACGGCACUGCCAGUGCGAAAAAUGGACGACCUGAUUUGUAA